CGGGCGGUCGGGUGUCGGCCCGGGUCCCGCGCGCCCGGCCCCGCCAGCUCCUGCCGCGGCCGCCAUGUGGUGCCUGCACUGCAACUCGGAGCGGACGCAGUCCCUGCUGGAGCUGGAGCUUGACAGCGGCGUUGAGGGUGAGGCCCCCAGCAGCGAGACCGGCACGUCGCUGGACAGCCCCUCCGCCUACCACCAGGGGCCCUUGGUGCCCGGCUCGGGCCUGAGCCCGGAGCCCUACGAGCACGCGCCGGGCGGCGCCUAUGGGCUGUACACGGGGCCGCCCGGGCAGCAGCAGCGCGCGCGGAGGCCCCGGCUGCAGCACUCGACGUCCAUCCUGCGCAAGCAGGCCGAGGAGGAGGCCAUCAAGCGCUCGCGGUCCCUCUCCGAGAGCUAUGAGCUCUCUUCAGACCUUCAGGACAAGCAGGUGGAGAUGCUAGAACGGAAGUAUGGAGGCCGCCUCGUGACCCGCCAUGCGGCCCGCACCAUCCAGACGGCCUUCCGCCAGUACCAGAUGAACAAGAACUUCGAGCGGCUGCGCAGCUCCAUGUCUGAGAAGCGUCUGUCCCGCCGCAUCGUGCUGUCCAACAUGCGGGUGCAGCUGUCCUUCGAGGGGUCCGAGAAGGCGCACAGCUCCUUCUUUGAGGGCAAGCAGGUCUCGGUGACCGACGGGGACACCCCGCUGGGCUCCCUGGGGCCGGCCGAGUGUGGGGACCUGGGCCCGCCGCCCCCACCUGCCCUGCAGGCCCCCGCGCCCGCCGGCGACUUCACGGACGCCAUCACGGAGCUGGAGGACGCCUUCUCGCGGCAGGUGAAGUCGCUGGCUGAGUCCAUCGACGACGCGCUCAACUGCCGCAGCCUGCACGCCGUGGAGGGGGCUCCCACGCCCGCCGCCGAGCCCUCGUCAGGCCUGCACAGCGCGGAGCAGCGCCGGCUGGACGAGAUGACCGCCUCGUACAGUGACGUCACCCUGUACAUCGACGAGGAUGAGCUGUCACCGCCCCUGCCUGCGGCGCAGGCUGGGUGCCGGCCGGCCAGCGGCGAGUCGGACCUGCGGCUGCGGGCCGGAGCCACCGCCCAGGACUACUGGGCGCUGGCCCACAAGGAUGACAAGGUGGACACGGACACCAGCUGCCGGAGCACGCCGUCACUGGAGCCGCGGGCGCGCGUGGAGCACCUGCCGCUGCUCACCAUCGAGCCGCCCAGCGACAGCUCCGCCGACCUCAGCGACCGCUCGGACCGCAGCUCGCUCAAGAGGCAGGGCGCCUACGAGCGCGGCCUGGGCGGGCCGCAGGGCAGCCCCAAGCACGGCCCCCACGGCCCCCCCAGGGGCCUCCCCCGGGAGGAGCCAGAGCCGCGGGCCCGGCCGCCGCGGCCCCUGGACGCCCACCUGGCCAUCAACGGCUCGGCCAACCGGCAGAGCAAGUCCGAGUCGGACUACUCCGACGGCGACAACGACAGCCUCAACAGCACGUCCAACUCCAACGACACCAUCAACUGCAGCUCAGAGUCCUCAUCCCGCGACAGCCUGCGCGAGCAGACGCUCAGCAAGCAGACCUACCACAAGGAGACCCGCAACAGCUGGGACUCGCCCGCCUUCAGCAACGACGUCAUCCGCAAGCGGCACUACCGCAUCGGCCUCAACCUCUUCAACAAGAAGCCCGAGAAGGGCAUCCAGUACCUCAUCGAGCGCGGCUUUGUGCCUGACACGCCGGUGGGGGUGGCCCACUUCCUGCUGCAGCGCAAGGGCCUGAGCCGGCAGAUGAUCGGCGAGUUCCUGGGCAACCGGCAGAAGCAGUUCAACCGCGAUGUGCUCGACUGCGUGGUGGACGAGAUGGACUUCUCCGCCAUGGAGCUGGACGAGGCCCUGAGGAAGUUCCAGGCGCACAUCCGGGUGCAGGGCGAGGCCCAGAAGGUGGAGCGGCUGAUCGAGGCCUUCAGCCAGCGGUACUGUGUCUGCAACCCCGGGGUGGUGCGGCAGUUCCGGAACCCCGACACCAUCUUCAUCCUGGCCUUCGCCAUCAUCCUGCUCAACACCGACAUGUACAGCCCCAGCGUCAAGCCCGAACGCAAGAUGAAGCUGGAGGACUUUGUCAAGAACCUCCGCGGCGUAGACGACGGGGAGGACAUCCCCCGCGAAAUGCUCAUCGGGAUCUAUGAGCGGAUCCGGAAGCGGGAGCUGAAGACCAAUGAGGACCACGUGUCGCAGGUGCAGAAGGUGGAGAAGCUCAUCGUGGGCAAGAAGCCGAUCGGAUCCCUGCACCACGGGCUCGGCUGUGUGUUAUCGCUGCCACACCGCCGCCUCGUCUGCUACUGCCGGCUCUUCGAGGUUCCGGACCCGAACAAGCCCCAGAAGCUCGGGCUGCACCAGCGCGAAAUCUUCCUGUUCAACGACCUCCUGGUGGUCACCAAGAUCUUCCAGAAGAAGAAGAACUCGGUGACGUACAGCUUCCGGCAGUCCUUCUCCUUGUACGGCAUGCAGGUCCUGCUCUUCGAAAACCAGUACUACCCCAACGGCAUCCGGCUUACGUCUGCCGUCCCGGGGGCUGACAUCAAAGUGCUGAUCAACUUCAACGCCCCCAACCCUCAAGACCGCAAGAAGUUCACCGAUGACCUGCGAGAGUCCAUCGCGGAGGUGCAGGAGAUGGAGAAGCACAGGAUAGAGGCGGAGCUGGAGAAGCAGAAGGGUGUCGUGCGGCCCAGCAUGUCCCAGUGCUCCAGCCUCAAGAAGGAGCCGGGCGGCGGGACGCUGAGCCGGGCCUGCCUGGACGACAGCUACGCCGGCGGCGAGGGGCUCAAGCGCAGCGCCCUCAGCAGCUCCCUGCGCGACCUCUCAGAAGCGGGGAAGCGAGGGCGUCGCAGCAGUGCGGGAUCGCUAGAGAGCAAUGUGGAAUUUCAGCCCUUCGAACCACUGCGGCCACCCGCGCUGUGCUCCUAGGCCGCGGACCGGAGGACCGCUGCCGGGCGGGAGCCCGCGCAGGAAGGGCGAAGCUGGCGCGGGACUGCACGGGCGCGGGGCCCUGGACUGCGGCGGGACAGCCCCGGGGAGCCCGCCCCGGCCGCGGCCGGGACUCUGCCCACCCCCACCCCACCCCACCCCACCCCGCAUCAUCCAGGUCUCCAAACCAGCAAUUCUGCAAACUGAGCACUUUGUUAAUCUCCACAGAGAACAAAUACAGCAAUCUAGAGUUGAGCCUUUUUUUUUUCUUUCUGUUUCUUUCUUGAAAGAAGUGUGACUUUAACCUGCCCGCCUUUUAUCUUCCCGUCCAUGUGGUCCUCCUCCCUUGGGCAUCCGCUCAGAGAGAUGGGAAGCACGGUGUGUCUGUUCUGGUCCAGGCUGGGCUGGGGAGGUGGGGGGAGGCUCCCCAGUUCCGCGGACCCCGAAACUCCCUGGUCACCCCGCAGAGCCUGGCCCCCCGAGGCGUCCUGUCUUGUGGUCUCAAGGGCAUCAUCGUGACCGGAAACAGUCGAAUUGUACUGCAUGUCCUUCGGCAUCAGGCGCUGUGAGGCCACACUGUGUAUUGUGUAUUUGCAAAACUCUCUCAGUGUUACUGUUGACAAAUAGUUGAAGUAAAGUGGUAACAUAUUAAAUAUGUCGGCUUUUCUUCACCGUCUGUACCAAUCGUAGGAUCUAACUGUAAGCUCCAGGUUGUUCCAGAAAAGAUGCAGGCACCAGGCCGCCCUUUCCAAAGGGCCAUCACUGUGGGCACAGAAGCCAGCAGGGCAGAGCUGGGGCACAGCGCACCCUCUCUCUGUGGGCCAUUCAGAACCCGCACCUGUGACCUCUUGGGUCCACAGGGCUGGGCGCUUCCAGCUUUCUGCUGGCUGGGGUUCCAGUCAGUGAGGUUUCAUCAGCAUGUGCGUUUCGGGGACAAACACAUCACGGGAUGAGUGUUCCCAGAAGGCACACUGUUCCGUGGAGGAGGCUGGAGCUGGCCCGCCCCGAUCUCUGGAAGCAAAUGUUCCUGAUGAGCUGGUGGUCCUGGGCAGCUUGCCUGGGACUGCUCUCUCGGGACCCCAGACGGCCCCAGGGUCCGCCCGCCUGCACAGGAGGCGGAGGCAGAGGCGGGUCAUCGCCAGGCUGCCUGUCCUUUCUCAUUGUCAGGAUGAACUUGGGGCGUUUUGCUCACAGAUUAUCUCAGCAGGAGACCCUUAGAGGAAGCAAGCCGGUACCAUCACCCAACAUCUUUUCUGGGACAACAACGAACUCAUGUAUUUGUAUUUUUUUUUAAGUUUAUGAAUGGAUUGUAUAACAAUGUAAAAAUAAAGUUCAUCCUAAUAUGACGUGCGCCUCUUACUUAAAAAUGUCCUCAGUCGUCCGGUGUUGAGCGAUUUUUCCAUCCCACACUGCAUGCCACAGGAGCCUCUCGGUUUUAAGACAAGCUGAAGUGACCGCAGCUAGCACACAUGACUCGGCUCCGCACGAAGCCGUGUCGCCACAGGUGAGCAUGCCCCUUACCGUCCGCUGUAAAGCGCCACCGCCCUCCCUGCCUGAAAAACGAGUCCUUCCGUAGGUAUCUUAAACACGGCAGCGGCGAUCCAGGAAGCAGGCUGCAGAAUGAGUCGGCCUGGGGCUGGAGUGGGGGUGGGGGCCCGACGUCCGUGUGACCCGCCUGUGGUCACGCGGAGCACUCGGGCAGCACCGCCUCCUGUGGGGAACUGUCACUCACCACUGAGGUGUCUCCCACGAUUAGAACCAGGACUUGAGUGCAGGCUGCUGAGACCUCAGGGGCCCCCUGGCUCUCGGGAAGCCCAGCACCCACCAUGUAACUUUGGGGAGACAGGAGUGGUUUUGUUUCCCUGUGUAUUCUGUUUGUAAGUAACAGACUCUACUGAUGUAAAACCACAGCUGUGAUCAUGUGGAGAAAGCAAAUAAAUCCUUUGAAA